UCAUUAUUCUCCCAAACUUCUCCUCCCGCCACAGGAGUUUAUCAGACUUCUUUGUCGACCACUCAUCGGCCAUCGGCUUCUUUACGUGUGCAUUGGCAUUUUGUGGCUCCAAUUUAUUUGCUCUCCUCGAAACAAUGGCGUCCCACCCAGAUACCAAAGUUGAUUGCUCGAAAGUCUACAUCAAGGCGUCUUCUUUCGCCACUCCCGACAACCAGUUCGAUGGCGCUUUCGCUCUCGUGCCCUUCAAAGAGGGCGAACUGAUCGAAAAGGGAGUUAUGAGGCGUCUUCCCGAUGGAUUCGAUGGAAACACCUGUCCGUACAUCUUCACUUGGUCCACAGAGCGUCCGAACAAGACUUGGGGCAUGGGAAGCGGCACUUCUGCAUUUUAUAACACCGCUGCAGAGGGAGACGCCAAUACCAAAAUGGUCCGAUUCUUCGACGAGGAUAGGUUUGAGAUUUAUGCAACUCGAGACAUUGAAAAGGACGAAGAGCUUACCCACACGUAUGUCUCUUUGAAGUGGCGUACCUGCUUUGCAGAUCUGAAUGAGAUUGUUCACGCCAAGAAAUAGGAGGUCCCGGCUAAAAGGGCAUCACCUACGUAUAGUCCAUUUUUGAAGGUUCAAGUGCUGAGAUGCGAAAGGUUUUCUUGUUGUGGAGGAGCCAGGAUCAGUUUUAAACUGUGCACAUAACUAGCUUAAGGUUCACAUGUAAAUAGAAAGGUACUUACUUCUUCCGGCGGAGACCGUGAAGGUGUCAUGUUAGCUUUUUUCUCUGGCUAUCUC